AUGUGUGGAUUCUGCUUCCCCCUCGUGGUGACUUCCAGUAUGGCACAGCUGUCGAAAGUUUCUUCCAGACCUGAGUCCCUGGGUGUGGUCUUGACAGGUGGGCUCAUCCUAAGGAUUGUGUCCGAAAUCAGCUUUUGGGGCAGCGGUGGCAGCCACAGCGGUGGAGGCGGAGGUGCGGUCCCGGAGCAGGAGGACUCGGUGCUAUUCCGGCGAGGUACAGGCCAGAGUGAUGAUUCUGACAUUUGGGACGAUGCGGCAUUGAUAAAAGCUUCUGAUAAAGCUGUGGCUACAUUUAAGCAUGCUCUAAAGAAUGGUGACAUUUGUGAAACCUCAGAUAAACCAAAAGGCACACCUAGAAGAAAACCUUCUAAGAAGAAUAAAAGCCAAAAAAAGAAUACUACAAUGCCCUUGAAACAGUGGAAAGUUGGUGACAAAUGUUCUGCCAUUUGGUCAGAAGAUGGUUGCGUUUACCCAGCUACCAUUGCCUGGGUUGAUUUUAAGAGAGAAACCUAUGUUGUGGUUUACACUAGAUGUGGAAAUGGAGAGGAACAAAAUCUGUCUGAUCUACUUUCCCCAACCUCUGAAGUAACUAAUAAUAUAGAACGGAAUGCUCAAGAGAAUGAAAAUGAAAGUCAAGUUUCAACAGAUGAAAGUGAGAACUCCAGGUCUCCUGGAAAUAAAUCAAAUAACAUCAAGUCCAAAACUACUCCAUGGAACUCUUUUCUCCCUCCGCCUCCCCCCAUGCCAGGGUCAGGACUGGGACCCCCACCAAUAAUCCCCCCACCACCUCACAUAUGUCCAGAUUCUCUCGAUGAUACUGAUGCUUUGGGAAGUACGUUAAUCUCUUGGUACAUGAGUAGCUAUCACACUGGCUAUUCUAUGGGUUUUAGACAAAAUCAAAAAGAAGGACGGUAUUCACAUUCCAGUUAAGGAGAAAUACUGAGGAUAGAGCAACAAGUUAAAUGGCACCACUAAAGAAAUGAUCAGACAGGUCCAGAAUGUGGAAUGCUGUAGAAGAUAACGGCCUUGUUUCUUCAAAAUAUCAGAGUUGGGAAGGAAAAAAGGAGGUGUGA